AUAAUGAGAAAGAUUUGUCAAAUAAACCCGCAGAAAAUAGCACGAAUCAAACUCUAAAUUCAAAAACAGAUGCUAAUCGAUAUUCGGAAAUGACAAAUCUGACGAUUCCGAUGUCGGAAGCUGAAACAAUUGCUAAUAAGAACAAUAAUGAUGGUGACAUUGAGAAAGCGGUGGCAAUUGAAGAUGAAGUUCAAUCAUUAGAUAAUCCACCGGAAAGUCCAAAGUAUUUGAAAGGAAUAGAACUAUUUUGGGUUAUGGCCGGAUUGGGAUUUGGUGUAUUCCUAUCUGCACUCGAUCAAACAAUCGUCGCAACUGCUCUACCACGAAUCGCCUCAGAUUUUAACGCAUUAAAUCAAAUUUCUUGGGUUGGAACUGCAUAUCUCCUGACAACGACGGCGUUUCAACCAACAUAUGGUAAAAUAUCAGAUAUUUUCGGACGAAAAGCGACAUUUCUCUUUGCAAUAGGCGUAUUCGAAUUGGGAAGUCUAUUAUGUGCUGUUGCUCAAAACAUCACUUCUAUGAUUAUAUUUCGUGCAAUCGCUGGCAUGGGCGGCGGUGGUAUUCUAAGUUUGGUAAUGAUUGUUAUAUCGGAUAUCGUUCCACUUGAGGAUCGUGGAAAAUACCAAGGACUUAUUGGUGCAGUAUUCGGAGUCGCUUCACUUGUCGGUCCCCUCUUGGGGGGUGCUUUUACCGAUCACGUAACUUGGAGAUGGUGUUUCUUUAUUAAUUUGCCAUUUGGAGUUAUCACAGCAGGCACCGUCAUCAAAUAUCUCAAUCUUCAAAAACCGAAAGGUUCUUUACUCAGCAAACUUAAGCGUCUCGACUGGUGGGGAACUCUGGUGGUAAUCGCCGCCACUAUUGCUUUACUUUUGCCACUAAACUGGGGUGGAGAUAAAUACGCAUGGUCGAGUCCGGUUAUUAUCGUACUACUUAUAGUCGGUACACUCUUAUUUGUUCUUUUUGGAUAUGUGGAAGGUUGGCUUGCUAUUGAACCAGUUGCGCCCGGUCGUCUCUUUAAAGAUCGUGCUCUUCUUGCAUGUUUUAGCGUAAACUUUUUUCAAGGCAUGGCAUUCUUUUCACUGGUUUACUACAUACCACUUUACUUUCAAGUCGUAAAAGGCGAAUCAGCCACCAUCUCUGGAUUGGAAUUACUACCGUUUAUUCUGGGUGUUGUGAUAGCAUCAAUUUCCACCGGACAAACUAUCUCGCGAAAGCCUAACAUCCGUAAACAACUAUUGGCCAUGAUUGGCGGUGCAUUAAUUGUUGUUGGUGCUGGACUCACGAGUCUUUUGUCCGAACAGUCUAGUCGUGGAAAGCAGAUUGGUUACCUUUUGAUUCCAGGUCUUGGUAUUGGUCUUAUUAUGCAAACAACAUUAUUAUUCUGCCACGCUGCAGUUGAUUAUAAAGACGUCGCGGCUGUCACCUCAAUGCUAAACUUUUUCCGAUCAAUUGGCGCAGUAUUUGGUGUAGCAAUCGUUGGAACAAUCUUCAAUAACGAGCUUAACGAUAAGAUCGAAGCUUUACAUCUUGGUAUCAGCGCGGAAACCGUGAAAAGUUCCUCAACAUACGUCGCAAAUUUACCCUCAGAUUUAAGAGUACAAGUGAUUCAUGCAUACGUUGAAGCAUUACGAAUCAGUUAUCGUGUCAUAAUACCCUUCGGUGUUUUAUGUUUUUUAAGUGCGAUAUUAAUUGGCAAGAAUAUAACAAAACAUCGACAAACGAGAACAUUUGCAUUUAGUGAAUGA